GCCUCGGAAUAGGAAGCAUGGACUGGAAAUUAGAGAGACUGUCAUGUCUUAAAGUGAGAUCUGACAAGGAUGUAAUGUGGGAAAAUAUAAUGAAGACACUUGGGAAAGACUUUAGAAAGACCAGAAAAUUCAAUUUGCAGAAAAUCACCAAGACUCCAGACAUUGGAAGAAUCACAUAUUCCAGAUUCAAAAAAAGCAUCAUGAGAAGGCGUGCAAGACAAGAUGAAGUUUCUAGUAGUCCUAUCUCCACUAGACAGCGCCAUAAUCAUGAACCAAAUUUGGAAAGUACACUUCUUGACCAAUCAAUCCAUCUCUCUACUUCAUCUUUUGGUGAUCAGUGGCGAACUCCAGAGAAGAAGAUUCUACUCCCAUAUUUGCUAGAAGUCUCUAAUUUGGGUAGUCCUGAUCAUAAAUCAGCUAGAAUAGAAGACUCAACUACAAGGAAUCUCAAACAGAAACCUAUAAGGAAGUUACAGAACAAGAUGAAAUUUCUCCUCCACCAGAAAAAUCUAGGAGUUCUGGAAGAAUGCAAGCCUGUCUCCUAUAACCGUCAGGACACCAGUAUACAGAUUUGUGCCCAGGACACUUGUACUUGGAGAGGAUGUCAUCAAGCCACGAAGAAAACAUUUUCUCAACAAGAAGUUGUUAUAGAUUCUGUUCGUCAUCAUGAUUGCUUGCAACCAGAAACCAAACUGCAUAUAUCCGGCCUCAACAAUGAUUACUAUCUGAAUGUAUUAGAUUGGAAUGUUGACAACCUUGUUGCUAUUGGGUUGAGAUCAACUGCACAUAUCUGGAGUGGUGAAAGCAACACAGUAACACAAACACUGAAUUUACAUACUCCCUCAACAUAUAUUUCAUCAAUAUCAUGGAUACCGGCUGGGUCCACUCUGGCUAUCGGUACAAGCAAUGGAGAAGUACAGCUAUGGGACAUUGAAACCCAAAAGAGGCUGCGGAAUAUGCAUGGUCAUAUGUCAGUAGUCGGAGCUUUAACCUGGAAUCAGCACAUUCUCAGCAGUGGUUCACGGCUUGGACAUAUACACCAUCACGAUGUUCGAAUGGCAGAUCACCGCGUUGGAACGCUGUAUCACAAACAAAGCAUUUGCAGUCUGAAAUGGUCACCAUCUGAAAAACAUUUAGCUAGUGGUUCAAGUGACGGCCAUCUAAAUAUCUGGUCGUAUGAUCCAGGAACAUCCAAAAAUAAUACUCCGUUACAGAGCAUGCAGCAUUCCACAGCAGUGAAGGCAAUGAACUGGUGUCCAUGGCUAUCAGAAACGCUCGGUGUGGGAGGAGGAAUGACAGAUGGACACAUCCGAAUUUGGGAUACAAGCACUGGGAAAAACAUCCAUUCAGCAAACACACAUUCUCAGAUCUGCUCCGUUAUCUGGCUGCCUGAAUCAAGAGAACUGGUCACUGGCCAUGGACCGCACAAAAAUCAAAUGACUGUCUGGAAAUACCCCUCUUUAUUGAAAGUAACUGAUCUAUAUGGUCAUAGAGGAAGAGUACUGCACCUCGCAUUAAGCCCAGACCAGAAGAGAAUAUUUUCUGUUGCUGCUAAUGGGACAUCUUAUAUAUGGAGAUACAAUCAAUGAAGGAAUCUAUAAGAGACUCAAUGCAUCAUGCAAACCUGCAUAUCUCAUUAGCCAAAUGUAUGUGUCAAGUGGCCCAUAUACAGGGCAUGGAGUCCCUAGCAGCUAAUCUGAACUUGAUAUUAUUUUGCUUUUUCUAUAAGCAAGAUAUAGCCUGGUGCUUUGGGUGGUCACAUCUACUCCAGAAUUGCCAUGCAGUUCCUCUUCACAAA